CGAAGACCUUUACCGCAUCUUUGCUCCAUGCGCUUUCUUUCGUCUAUGUCUAAUCGCGGUUUUUAAAUAUAAAUAACUCGGUGUUUGGUCGUGGAAAUGUAUAGAACUAAAAAGGAUAUUGAUGUCCACGUGGAGAAUUUAAUAUCAAAAUUACCAUUGAAAGAGUUCACUUCUCGGGGUUAUUCGAUUGGGCGGCUGUAUUUUGAAGUGGGAGAUUAUGCUAACUGCUGCAGAUAUGUGGAACAAUACCUACAUGUACACAGCUCGAACGCAGCAGCACAUGCCCUCUUGGGGCAAGCAUUGCAGAAGUUAGGAAAGAUGAAAAAGGCAUUGGAGGAAUUUAAAACAUCAUAUGAACUAUGUCCCACGCAGAACAGUUUAGUCUUGAACAUUUGUGAAAUUUUGGCUGAUGAUGAAGAAAGCACUGAUCCAGGUCGCGCUAAGUACUGGUGUGACAAGGCGGAGAAAAUGUUUCCAAAGCAUCCAGUUACCUUUCAACUACGUGAAAAGUUGUUGUCUAUGGCUAUUCCAGACCCACAAGCACUCGUUGGUCUAUUGUUAGAAGAAUUGGCUGUGAGGCCUAAGGAUGUUCUGCUACACAUUAGAUUACUGAAAUUUUAUUUGAAGAAUAAUAACAUUGAAGAAGCAUUUACCCAUAGUUGCAAUGUCGAGUUUGGGGAGAACAACUUUCUUAAUAAUUAUGAUUGGUAUGAGACAGUUGCACAAAUUCUUAAAUGUAAUCCCCGAAACAACAACGACUGGCUUUUUCAGCUGCUUUGGUUGACAGUUGCAGAGCGAAUGUGCGUUUUGAGUAUUACCCAAACUUUAGGUCACAAAGAUAGGAGCAUUUUUGAUUCAACAGAGCUUCUUCACAUUUACGAUCAAGCUAUAGAGAGAGUUGCUAAAGCUGGAAUCAAUUCCGGUCAUGGCGAAUUUCAUACUGGUCUUCUAAAACACCAUCGUAGCCAAUUUUCCUUCAUUGCUGCAACAUUAUUGCUCAAGCGUGGAGCCACACACAGCUGGCGAGAUGCGGCUAGAGAUGCUGAACCUUUGAUGUUAAUGGCAUGGCAUUCAUCAGUUCCAGAUGUCUCAGCUAGCUGGGUUAUUUCUGCUCCAGAUAUGCAACAGAAAGCGGUGCGGCGCUGGUAUUCUGAGGGGUCAUACAGGUGUUCACAAACUGGACAUUAUUUGCUGUCUAAUUUUAACGAUAAAAGGCAAUCUUCCCUGGAUCGCGUUUCACAAAAUUGCUCUGGCACACAUUGGAGAGACAAAUUAUAUGGAAAGAUUUUCUCGAGCAGAUAUCAUUUAGAAAAAAUCAAUACAUCACAUUUGGUUUCAACUUCCUUUGACGCGCCUGUCCUGAUUUUACCUAAAAGGAGUGAAGUCGAAAUCCAUGAUGAAGAAGCUCAAAGAUCAUAUGGGAACUCACUUCAUCAUUUUGUGUGGCUUUUGUCUAAAUACAAAGAAUUUUCACAGUUUAAAUUAACAGUUUUUGAUAUGCUUCCACUGGCAGUACAAAAUGAUGCAAAUUGUGGCCCAGAAAGUUUAUGUCAGUUGGAUGUGUAUGCGUUUCUUUACUGUGCUACUUUGACGUCACGCCAACAGCGAGAUUCUGGUGUUCCAGCAGAUAAGCCAAAAACGCUACCGGCUAAUAUUACAGAUUUACUAUGUAAUUUGUCCCAUAUGAAGUGGUGGGACUGUGCGUACAAGUUCAGUCAAAAUGAAUUAGGAGCAGAAAUGACAGAUAUUCGCGCAACACUUAGUCGUGGCAUAGAAAUAGUGCGAUGUGUGGACAAUCACGGCAUGGAGCCAGAACUUUUAUGUGAUCUAGGUCGCACAUUCAGUACCCGGGCUAAACUUUUUACAGACAUUGAUGACAAAAAAAAUUGGGAGUUGAGAGCGGUCCUAUACUAUACAUCAGCAAUAAAUCUAUUGGAGAAAAAGAGCACUGAUGCAGUUAGUAAAUCCGAAAAACGUAUGUUUGAAAAGUUGAGUCUGGUGCCAAAAGAUACUAACUCUUUACUUGAAGAAUCUAAAUUGUAUGUGGCACUCUACGAGUUAAAUAACGACGACUAUGAAAAGGCAAUCGAGCUAUUGUCAACAUUGAAAAGCGCACGAGGUCUGUAUCAUCUCAGUGUUGCUUACAAAAAAAUGGCAUUGAAUGAAGACAAUUAUUCACAAACUAAUUCUAAUGAUGAAUCUAAUGCAAAGUAUCAGUCAUUAUUAUCAAAGGCCCAAAAAUACGCUUACGAAGCCCAUUAUAAACUAAAAGAUCCUGAAAAUAAAGCAGACCACAUGCUACUCAUCGAAACUGAAGAGUUAAUAAAUGAAUUAGACCUGAAUUUAAAUGAAUGUGCACCUGGAGCAACUGAUAGACAGGUUAAGAAUUCUUCUGAUGAGUAUUUUUCUUUCCGUGGGAAUGAGGAUGCCCCUCUUAUAAAUCAAUCACUAUAUUCGCGGAAUUUUAGCUCGACUCCAAAACGAUUACCACACUUGAGCAUGGGCCCUACAUCAAUUCCUAACGCUAACUGUGAUCAACCGUUUUUAGAACCCAAUGAUAAAAUGAAAUCCAGUUUGCUAAAACGGGACACUGCAGCAAUCAAUGAUUUCAUUGACCUUGCAAAAAGUGUUUUUGAAGAAAAUCGAAUCUUGGGAAAUCAAAUUAUAAGCACUAUCAAUUCAAAUAUGCAAAACACCACCGAUCAAUUUGCUUUGCUGAAAAUUUCUGUAGAUCAAGUCAAAGAACAAGUUAAUGAGUGCAGAAAAGAGUGUAAAGAGGUCACAGAGUUGAAAAAACAAAUAGCCGAGCUAAAGAAGGACAUAAACAAAAUUAAGAAAGCUUCUGAGCAGACGGUCAAUGAAAACGAAUUGUUUAACCUUGAUGAGGGAUAUGCUGCAAAUGAAGCCGCGUCUACUUUUGCAGCUCAAUUGCCCUUCACUGCUCAACAAGUUAUGCCUCCAUUUAACCAGCGUUUAAUACCGCCAUUCACUGUACCACCAAAUCCCUUCCAGCUUUAUGGUCAGAAUUUAUUCAAUUUAUAUUCUCAAUUUUCUCAACCAUCAUCAGUUCCUGGAGCGCCUCCAAUAUUUGAUCCCGCCAGACCGCAAGUUAAUUAUCCAGGCGUUUUCACUAACCCUGAUCAAAUGUAUUUAGAUGUAGCGCAUCUUGCUCAACAGACAGCUGUACCAGUGAUUCCUGUACCGGCUUCAGUUACAACCACAGCUACAGCCUCAACUUUGCCAGUACCUCAUUCGACGGUCCCAGUCACGGCACCGAUUAUGACGCAAAAUGCCAAGGAUAGUCCACGUGCAUUACCAGCAAAUGUUGUAAUAACAUCUUCAGAUCCAUUACCACCGUCUUCAACCCCAGCGCCAGUACUUAGUGUAACAGUACCACCAAAGCACAUCAAAGGUAUUCCUCAUAAUUAUCAAAUACAAAUGCCUGCUACGGAACCUACUCCAGCUUUUGGUUUUCCAUCACUUGGAAAUAAAACAAGUUCCAUCACGGAAUCUUCCAACUGGACUCAAAACACGGUAUUCAAAGAUGCCACCCCAACCACCAACUCUCCUUCUGCGGCAGCUUUAUCUUUUUCGCCUAAAAUAGGCAAUACUAGCUUGAAUGAAGAAGUUUCUAUAGGUGCAGCUAAUGAAAGUUAUAACAAAUCUAGAACAUUGUCUGAAAAAAGUAACACGUCGGUUGACAAUUACGAUCCAUGUCCAGAUUUCAAGCCUAUCAUACCUCUACCAGCAGAAGUAAAAGUUACAACUGGAGAAGAAGACGAAUCUGUUAUUUUUUCAGCCAGGGCGAAACUUUAUCGGUUCGUCGAUAAUCAGUGGAAAGAAAGAGGACUUGGCGACAUGAAAUUGCUUAAACAUAAAACCACUGGAAAAGUUCGAGUGCUCAUGAGACGAGAACAAAUUCACAAAAUUUGCGCUAAUCAUGCUAUAACAUCCUACAUGGAAAUAAAACCCAUGAAGAAUGAAACAAAAGCUUACUUUUGGGUAGCAAACGACUAUGCGGAUGAAACCCUUGUGCUAGAAAAGUUCUGUGUCAGAUUCAAAACAGCUGACAUAGCGCGUCAAUUUUACGAAACAUUCGAAAAAGCAAGAUCAGAGGCUACUAUGUCCGAGUCAUCUAGUGCAGGGCCAGAAGCCCCGGUAAACCUGACUUCAAGCAAGUUUGAUAAAACAGGUGUAAAAACGGAUGUUGCUAAAACAAUAGAUAUGAAAUCAAAUCUAACCAACAAUUCACAACCUGCUAAGUCAGUAUUUGGUGGGUUCACUUUUAGUAGUACACCAGCGUUUAAAACAAUUGAAGACACAAAGCCCUCUGGAAAAAAUUUUGAAGUUACACCAACAAAUAAAGUUAAUGUGUUUAGUGGCUUGAAUUUCAAAACAGGACCUGCUUCAUCACCUUUUAGCAAUUUAUUCAAUACUUCGAGUUCGCAAACGAACACUUCUAAUACAUCAGUUCAAAAUGUUGAGGUAACUAAUAAAUUAAGUGCUUCAGAUACGGUAGAAGAAUACGAGCCAACAGGUGAGUUCACACCCGUUGUGCCCUUGCCAGCAUUAGUAGACACAAAGACUGGCGAAGAAGAUGAAAUUGUUUUAUUUGAACACAGAGCCAAGUUGUUACGCUUCGUUGCUAAGGAAUGGAAGGAACGUGGCCUCGGUAAUAUAAAAAUCCUCGUAAACAAAGAAAAUCCGCAAAAAUUGCGCAUUUUGAUGAGAAGAGAGCAGGUAAUGAAAGUUUGCUGCAACCAUGCUGUUACAAAAGCAAUGACAUUCCAGAAAAUGCCUAAUGUUGACAAAGCGGUCACUUGGUGUGCUCAAGACUUUUCCGAGGGUGAACUCACACCUGAAACGUUCUGUCUCCGUUUUAAAACAGUACAAGCUUGCAAUGAAUUUAUAGAAGUAGUAAAAACUGCCCAAUCUAAAUUGAGAGAUGAUACCAAGGCAGCGAAAGAAGAACUUAAUGCGGCGAAACAAAAUUCACAAACUGGAAUUACUAUUGCAAGCAAACCGGCAAAUUCUAAUUGGGGCGAUAAAUUCAAACCAAAGCAAGGUUCGUGGGAAUGUAAAGAAUGUUUAGUUCGGAAUGAAGCCAAUGUCGAAAUUUGUCCCGCGUGUAAUAGCCCAAAGAAACCUGUCAGUGCUACAGCAAACAUAAAGACAACAGAGAUUAAAAAACCUAACAAUGAAGCUAAAUUUAAAUUUGGUAUUCCCCAACAAUCUAAUCCUGUGGUCGCAGAACAAAAAGUACCCAGUGCGCCAGUUAAAUCUUCAUGGGGAGACAUGUUCAAACCUGCAGCUGGAACAUGGGAAUGCAAACAAUGUUUGAUUAGGAAUGAAGGUGCUGUUGAUACAUGCUGUGCGUGCAAUAGCCCAAAAGAUCCAAAUGCGAGUAAGCCCAUUACUGCCAGCACUCCAUUUUCAACUCCCAAAUUUAACUUCGGAAUUCCACACACAAGCAAUAGCAAUGAACAAAAGGCUAAUACUACUUCUAUUUUCGAUGGUACUGGUGCUCAUAAAUUCAAUUUUGGCAUUCCUUCAAAUCUUCAAGUAAAAUCUGACAAUUUACCCAAGAAUGAUACCAGCCCUAUAAGUAAUGUAUUAACACUGGAGUCCGGAAAAACUGGUGAUGCUGAACAGACCCCAACGCCUAAAGAAAAACCAGCUUUAUUGCCAACUCCCCAAAAACCGAAUGAAACAGCAACUUUCGACUUUGUGUUUAAGCCAAAGACUCUAAUUAAAGCUAAGAGCCCCAUUAAGUCUCCUAAAAAAGAUAACGGAGAAGAGAGUGACGGCAACGAGUAUGCCUCUGAAGAUGAAGGACACCACAUACAAAUAACUCCAAUUAUUCCUUUGCCUGAUAAAGUAAAAGUUGUAACAGGUGAAGAAGAUGAAGAUGAGCUUUUUGCACACAGAGCAAAAUUGUUGAUAUUUGUUUCUGGUGAAUGGAAAGAAAGAGGUCUAGGUGUAGUAAGAAUCUUAAAGCACAAGCAUACAUCUAAAUUGAGAGUCGUUAUGAGGCGUGAGCAAGUCUUCAAAAUAUGUUUAAACCAUGCACUGACUCCAGAUAUAACUUACAACCUUAAAGACGAAAAAAAUUGGAUAUUCGCUGCUAAUGAUUUCAGCGAAGGAGAAUUAACUGUACAACGUUUUUGCUUGAAGUUUAAAACGAAAGAAAUUGCCAUGCAGUUUAAGGACGCUGUGGACAAAGCGAGGGACGGGAAGAGUAAUGAAAUAAAACAAAAUCAAAAUAUUCCUGUUAAAACUGAUAAUGAGACUGAUGAUGUAGAAUUUAUUAAUGAAACACAGUCUAACUCUGAGGAAAAGAAAAAAGCAUUGGAACUAAUGCUACCAGAAAAUUUCUUCUUAUAUAAAAAUAAGGAACCUUGCCGUGGUUGCCGUGGUUGCGAAGAUAGCAAAGGUUCUACCCAAGUCCCAAAGAGCAAUACGCUAAGUGCCUUCACUGCCCCGGCGACAUUUUCUAGCCCGCUUAAGGUGCCUACGGAAAAGAAUUCUGUCUUUGCUCAUGCAGAUAAAGCUAAUACAGUGAAAACUGGAAACACCGAACAGUCUGGCUUUAUGCAAUCAACCAACUCUACUAAUGAAAUUAUUCAGAAACCGAAAUUCGUUUCUGCAGACAACUCCAGUUCAAUAUUCAGGGCUCCAAUGCUCAACUCAUCUAUUUUCCCUGGGUCACAAACGAGCAUUACUAGUGGAACGCAAUCAGACCCGAAAUCAAUAUUUGCUACUGCUAAUUCUAACUUUUCAUCAAACAGUUCAACAUUGUUUGGCUUUAAACCCAACAAUAACGGCAAUACUGAGUCGAAGUCCGUAUUCGGAGCAGCCCUUAACAGCACCCCGAAUGACGGCCAAAAGUCAGAUGGAAAAUCCAUUUUUGGCUUUUCGAGCGCUUUGACGAAUCAGAAACCAUUUAAUCUGUUUAAUCAAAAUGAUGGCAAAAUAUUUGGUAAGGCAAACGAUGCGGUUAAAUCUGAUCAAACAUCAGCAUUCGCUUAUGUAGAGGCGCCUAAUUCUUUUGGAAACGGCAAGAGUACUUGGAGUUUAGAUCCUAAAACCGAUUCUAAAGCGCCAGGAGAAAGUAAGAGCGAGCUUGUCAAACUAUUGAACACACCAAAAGAGGAAAAAAAUACGACUAAUCCUACCACGAAAGUAUUAGGCUCAGAUAGUUUAUUGUCUUUUGGUGCUUUUAAAAGCCAACCUGAAUUAAAGUUCCAACAAAACCCUGACUUCAAAUGGGAAGGUGCCGGUCAGCAGUUGUUCGCACAGGCGCCAAAAUCAAAGACUACCAGCGACAACGAGUACAAAGACAACGAGGUCGAUACCGGAAACGGAGCGGAGGAAGAGUACGAUCCGCAUUACGAACCCAUCGUCCCGCUGCCCGACAAAAUAACUGUGACCACGGGCGAGGAGGACGAGGAAAAGUUGUUUGGAAGGCGGUGUAAGUUGUUUAGAUACAACGACGCUACCCGCGAAUGGAAGGAACGAGGGGUUGGAGAGCUAAAAAUAUUGUAUCACCCUGAGAAGAAAACUUACCGACUACUGUUUAGACGGGAACAGGUACAUAAGGCUGUUCUGAACAUGCUUAUAUUCAUGGACUUGGAGUUGCUGCCGAUGAGCAAAAGCGACCGCGCAUGGACGUGGGCCGGCCGCAACUACGCGGAGAACCCCGUCGGGGACCAGGAGACGCUUGCAGUACGAUUCAAGACUCUGCAGUUGGCCACUGAAUUUUUCGAUAAAGUCAAGGAAUGCGUACGGAAAUUACAAGCUGCGGCAGCUCAGGCGGUAAGAGAGGACAAGGCGGAGGAAGAGAAGCCGAAAGGCAUGGCCCUAUUGAGGUUACCUAAACAUCUACAAGACAGCGCACGUGCCGAUAUUGCUAUGGCUAUGAAAACCGACAGACAAACUGUUGAGGCCACCGAACAGACUAAAACGGAGUCCGUCGAACGGGAAGUUACGAAACGUGUUCUCUUCCACGAUGUCGAGCAAUCACAAGAGGCUAACGAUGAAGAAGCGGAAGACUAUGAGCACGAGCAUUACCAAGGCGACGACUACGAUGAUGCGUAUUAUAAUGAGGAUGAGGAAUCCGGCACGUACUUCUCAUGCGACUGCGAGGCGGAGGUGGCGCAGGGCAGCGCGGUGACGUCGUGCGCGCAGGCGCACGUGCAGGUGCUGCUGGACCGCGUCAUGUACGCGCCCAAGAUACAACUCAUCAACAUGGCCACGGGCGAGCUGCUGGCCGACAUGCUCAUACACGACGAGACUGAAUUUCAGCUGUCCGACGCCACGUGCAGCUGGACCGGCAUCGACUACACCAGCAAUGACCCGCUCGACGUCACCGUCACGCUCGCCUUCCCCGACAGUGAAACCGCCAUGCAGUUCUACGACAGUUGCGAGUCAAGCAAAGAACACAAUUCCGCUGAAGAUGCAGACACAGAAGCGUAAAGUAGUAUCUUGAUAAUUCUCAAUUUCUCACGUAAGACACAUAGUAUUAUUGUAUAGGCAAUUUGUGUCUACAUUGAUUUGCCAAUAGAGUUCCUUUUCGGAGCAGAGUUUCUUAGUUUUAUAAAGUAAUUAGAUUAUAAGCGUUUUUCAAUCAUUGUAUUUCAAUUAGAUUUUCGAUGAAAGUGAUAGUCACAUUAAAUCUUUGUUGUUCACUAUCCUACAUUUCCUGCGAUAUACAAUAGGCUACUAGACUCAUAUCAAAUAUGGCACAAUAAAUGAUUGUUUUGUAUAGAAUUUGACUUAAGAAACCAAUAUUUAUAGGUUUGAGGUAUUAUAAGAUGACUACGUAUUUUAGACUAAAAAUUAUUGUUUUUUUUUUUGACACCGAUAACGGCGAUAACGCUGUCGGCGAUGUAGUGACGUCAUAGGACUCAUAGGCUUCCAACCUAUGUCGAAUCAUAAGUGACAUUUGUGCCAAAUAUUUAAAUGUCAAAAAAUGUUGUUUUCCAGUAGAAGACGACAAGCACAGAUAAUCUGGCAAAUGUUUUUGCCAGAUUAAAUAAAAGUAUAACUAAAAAUAUUUUUUGCGGUUUUCAAAUCAUAAUAAAAUUAGUAUUUUUUUUUUCAGUUCAUUGAACAGUUAUUAAUAAUAUAAGAGAGACUUUAAAGAAGGGUCAAGUAGCCUAUAAUAUGUGCAUUAACUAACUGAUGUGUGUUAAAUUUUAUUUGUGUGUAGGAACUAGUAUAUUGAAACCUAAUGUUAAUACGAAAAAACUUGUAUAUUCUUCUGUCAUAGAACAUAGAAUUACUUUGAUGUUAAUUUGUUUUUAUACAUACAUCUUCUUAGUUGAAUACGAUGUGAUCUAUAAUGUGUUUUAAAAAUGAUAAUCAAGAAAUUUAAUAGCAAUCGUAAAAUUGUUAAAAGAGGAGACAUAUUCCAAACAUCGUUUCUUUCUUGCUAGUUUAACAAACGUGUUUAUAAUUGGUCAGAAAUUAUCGACUUUAAUUUAUUUUUUUAAUGUUUAUCAAAAUUGCAAGUUACUGUUACAAUUUUUAUUUAAUAGGAAAUCAUUUUUCAACUAAUAUAAUAACUCAUCUUUCUAAUUAUGUUUCCUGUUAGCUUCAGUAAAAUAACAGAAAGUGAUUUGCCAUAACUAACAUAUCCUUGACAUGGAGUUAGCCACCAAGAUUGCAGGAACGACUGUACCGAUUCUCUAAAUGCGGCAAGGUAAGGUUUUUUUGCACAUCCACAUCAUUCCAUACAUUUUCCAAAAUUCCUAGAUUUCAAAACGCAGUGCUGUCAGGAUGCCUAUUCUGACUAGUUACCGUAUUUCCACUAUACUUGGUGCCAUACUACCCAAGUCUUAAAAUACCUGAAUUAUUUUGAUAUUAUCGUGUUUAUUUGUUUGGAAAUUCGGCAUUUCAUGAAAUUCAUGAAAAAUUCCUUUUUGACAUUUAGAUAUUUGGAUAAUGGGACGAUAUUAUGAAUAAAAGUCAAUAUGAUACUGGGUUAAUUUAAGAAGAAAAGAAAUUGAUUAUUCAUUUUGGGACUAUUCUGUUUUGAUACUUAGGAAAAAUAAAAACGAUUGUGUUAUGAUAUUUAGGUGCAACGAAACCAAACCAAUACGAGUAUAAUAUUAUAUCCUACACUUUGACAUUAUCAAUAGCGAAGACCCAGGAAAAUGAACGUUUACGUACUGCGUCGUGUAGGUGUGACCAAUGCGUCGGAAACGAUUAGAAAUCGUUUUAAAAUCAAUAUCACUUGUAUAAAGAAUUAUACAGUAUUGUGAUAUUUUUACGAUAAAUUAUAACAUGCCACAAAGGUUCCUUCCCGUCUUUCCAUACAUUAUCAGUUUAAAUAGGAUGUGUAUUUUAUAAGAUGCUUAUUGUUUUGUGGACUGGUUUUCCGUUAAAAUAUACUGUGAAAUUAAGCUCAGAUUGUUCGCUACAUUCAUGUUAUUUAAAUGGGCAGUAUAUCGGAGUUACCUUAGAAUCUACUCAUCCAAAAGGAUGUAUAUUUUACUUACUAUAACAAUGAUAAAACAAAAAUCUACUUGCUGGGUUGUUCAGAGGCUUAUAAUAUAUUUUUCAUUAUUGUUUUUAAAAUGUUGAGUUUCUUGUCAUCGACAUGUACUUACAGAGAUAUGACGGUAAAUUAUGUAUACGGCUUAUACCACAUUUUCCAACAACUUUUAAAAUUCGCCUUAUAAUUUUAUUUUACUGAUACUUAUUACUUAAAUCUUUUAUGAUCACUAUUAAUGGUAAAAUCUAUUAGUGUAUAACGUUAAGUGUAUCGUUGUCUUCUUUCCCUAUAUUGGUGUUAUAAUGGUGUCAAACAUUUGUAAAAAAAAACAGUAAACUAUGUAAGUAAUGUUGAAUUUUUUUUUUAAAUCUUAAAAGGAAAAUAAACGUUUUCUGA